UCGUGGUGGCGCACACUGAAAGGCAUCAAGAUGAAAUACCUCAUUGCACUCUGCAUGCUGAUCAGCUUGGUCUCAGCCGAGUAUGUCAUCAAGAAUAAAGAAAAUAUGCUGAGCUACCGUGAGGAGUGCGUCAAGGAGCUGAAGGUGCCCGCAGAACUGGUCGAACAGUACCAGAAAUGGGUGUAUCCCAAUGAUGCACAGACCCAGUGCUACCUCAAGUGCGUCUUCACCAAGUUCGGGCUGUUCGACAUCCAAUCUGGCUUCAAUGUGGAGAACGUUCAUACGCAGCUGAGCCGUGGCAACGCCAACCACGACGAUGCGCUGCAUGGCCAGAUUGCAGUCUGUGUGGAUAAGAACGAGCAGGGCUCGAACGCCUGCGAAUGGGCUUGGCGUGGCGCCGACUGUCUGCUUAAGAAUCAUUUGAAGCUGGUGCAGCAGAGCCUGGCACCCGUAUCAUAAUUUAUAACUUUAACUUCCGACUGACCAACAAUUUUGUAAUUUUCAUUAAU